AUGAACAAACCUAAAGAGAAAAAACGAAAAGCUGUAGUACUUUUAAGUGGAGGCCUUGACUCAAUGUUGGCCGCGGCAAUAUUAUUGCGGCAGAAUAUUGAUGUUAUUGGUUUACAUUUGUAUACCGGGUUGUGUAUCACUGAGCAUAAACGACGUACCGGUCAACAUGAUGCAAAAGGCCGUGUACCUCAAAAUCCAGCCUUCAAAGUUGCCGACGACCUUGGUAUACCAUUAGAGAUUUUAGAUAUCUCAUCAACAUAUUUAGAUAUCAUUACAAAACCAAAAUAUGGUACAGGUUCAGGUGUAAACCCUUGUAAAGAUUGUCGUAUUCAUAUGUUCCAGUACGCUGAACAGUUUAGACAGGAAAUAGGAGCUGAUUUUAUUGUUACAGGCGAAGUUAUUGGGCAGCGGCCAAUGAGCCAAGUAAAACGAAACCUAAAUUUUAUCCACCAAAAAGCGGGCCUUGAAGAAAUAAUUCUCAUGCCACUUUCUGCCAAACUUUUACCACCAACAUUACCGGAACGUAAUGGUUGGGUUAACCGUGAACAGUUAUAUGAUAUUGUUGGCCGUAGUCGUAAAGAACAAUUACGGUUGGCAAAAGAAUUUGGUAUUCAGGAUUAUGAACAGCCAGCCGGAGGGUGCUGUUUUUUAACUGACGAAAACUAUGCCCGGAAAUUUAAGGAUCUUUUUCAAUUUGAUCCUGAUCGGCGUUUAGAUUUAGAAGAUGUGAUUUUGCUCGGUGUUGGCCGUCAUUUUCGUAUGAGCGAACGUGCAAAAGUUGUCGUUGGCCGUUACCAAGAAGAAAAUGCCGUUAUUGAACGUCAUGCAGGAAGCCGACCUAUCUUACGUGCUGCCGAAGUCAUGGUCCCGUGGCCGUUGUUAUUGGUGUUCCCAAUGUUCAAGAAGAACAAUUAA